AUUUCAAAAGAUUGAAGGCUAGCGCCAGGGCCAAGAUGGCAAACAAGAUGAAGUCGGCAAGGAGCUCCAACCGAGUCGAGUCCCAAAGAUUCAGAUUAGGGGUGUUCAUCAUUGGAUGCGUAGCACUCUCCACCUACAUUGUGGUGUCUAAACCUCAAAUAGAUCCUUUUCUCACUCGUAUUGCAGGGAGUUCAAAGCCAUUAAACCCUAUCAGUCAGAAUAAUCUUGAAGCCAAAGAUCCAGUAGAUUCUCCGCAAACGGGUACGCUGCAAGAGAAUAUGAAUCCGACGAAACCAUUGUGCCAUGUUUCAGAACGACGAGGAGACCUGUGUGAAAUGGAUGGUGAUAUCAGAAUUCAUCAGAACACUUCCUCCAUUAUAUCUGUGGAACCCUUUGAAAGGAAUGAAUUAUGGAGAGUUAGACCUUACAGUCGCAAAGGAGCCGACAAUGACUUCAACAAGAUUAGAGAACUGACGGUUAAAUCGAGCACAGAUGCUCCACAAUGCACCAAAAAUCACAGCAUCCCAGCUAUAGUUUUUUCGGUCAGUGGAUACACUGGAAAUCUCUUCCAUGAUUUCACCGAUCUUUUAGUUCCCCUCUUCUUAACUGCGCGCCAAUUCAAUGGAGAAGUUCAAUUCAUGGUGACCGAUAUGAAGCAAUGGUGGGUCGACAAGUACCUACUGGUGUUUAGAAAGCUCUCUAAUUACCAACUCAUCAACUUGGAUGAGGACGACCAGGUGCAUUGUUUCAAGCAUGUGAUUGUGGGUCUCCAACGCCACAAGGAGCUAAGCAUCGACCCCAUGAAAGCUCCUUAUGGGUAUUCUAUGGUCGAUUUCACUCAAUUUAUGAGGAGCACCUACCAGUUGGAGAGGGACACGGUGACUAAAAUUGAGGAAUACCCCCGUAAGAAUCCAAGGCUGCUCAUUAUAUCAAGAAAGCGAACCCGGGCAAUCAUAAAUGUCAGAAGGAUAGUUCAGAUGGCGGAAGAAUUGGGGUAUAAAGUGGUUGUCGGCAAUGCGAAUUCAUUAUCUAAUAUUACUCAUUUUGCCGAGAUGGUUAACUCUUGCGACGUGUUGAUGGGGGUGCAUGGGGCAGGGCUCACUAAUAUGGUGUUUCUCCCACCGCAAGCUACGUUGAUCCAGAUAGUGCCAUGGGGUAGGCUGGAGAAGAUAGCUAUGACGGACUUUGGGUACCCGGCUAAGGACAUGGAUCUAAACUAUUUGCAAUAUAGUAUAAGUGAAAGAGAGAGCAGUUUGAUACGGGUGUAUCCUAGAAACCACCCUGUGUUCAAGAACCCCUCCUCAUUCCACAAUCGUGGGUGGGAUCUGGUGAAGACUACAUUCAUGGACAAUCAGAACGUGAAGCUUGAUUUGAGGAGGUUCAGGGAUGUUUUGUGGAAAGCCCUUGAAAGCCUCAUGCAAUAGAAGGGUGGUGGCAUCAAUCUGUUGAAGAACCUCUCAAAGUUUCAAUUCAAUCUUCAUCUUUUUUUUUCUUUUUUUUCCUAUAUUUUUUGGAGAAUGCUUUCAUAUGCUUAAAGAGCGUCACAAGUGAAAGGAGGCUAUGGUACAUCAC